CACAGUUCCAACUCCGAUUCUUUCGCUAAGCGAAGUCCCUGCAAAUAACUUGACUCUCGACACUGCGACAAUUAUCACGACAGCGCCGGACGACAGCCAUGGCCCCUAAGGUGGAAAACAAGCAAGGCAAGACUAAGCCCAGCAACAGGGCUGGUGCUGCCGCCAAGGCAGUCCUGAAGGGUGCAGGCGCCCGCAAGGUCCGCACUUCGACGACUUUCCACCGCCCCAAGACCCUUGAGCUCUCCCGGUCGCCCAAGUACCCCCGCAAGUCGAUCCCUCAUGGACCCCGCCUCGACUCCCACAAGGUCAUCCUCUACCCCCUCAACACCGAGAGCGCCAUGAAGAAGAUUGAGGAGAACAACACCCUCGUCUUCAUCGUCGACGUGAAGGCGAACAAGAGGCAGAUCAAGAUCGCCCUGAAGAAGCUGUACGAUGUCGAGACCGUCAAGGUCAACACUCUCGUCAGGCCCGAUGGUUCGAAGAAGGCUUUUGCCCGGCUAACCCCUGAUGUGGAUGCCCUGGACAUUGCUGCCACCAAGCUGGCUAUUGUCUAGAUGAUUUGGUUUCUUAUGGGUCUGGGUGAAUGUUUCUGUUUUUACGCGGUGGUUCAUAAACAUCGGUCAUGCAGUUAACUGCCU